GACAUGGAGUGUCUCUUUAAAAGGAGAAGGAUAUUGAAAACCUGUAUAAGUCUGUGCCUGCUUUGUGUCACCCUGGUAACCAUACAUAAACUUAUACUGAUGGAGGAAGGAGCUAAAAGCAUCUUGAUAUUCAACUCAAGGAUCAAGAAUGAGUGGUUACAGCCUGAAAAUAAUUCCCUCAAAAAGGGAGUUGAAGGACCCAACCAGCAGAGCUCCAGAAAAGGUGGCCAGGUGCAGACUGUCACUGUUGUUACUAAGCUGUCACCUGCAAGGUGGGACAUUAAUGAAAGCAGGUGUCUAGAGAACAAUGCCUUAAAGAGACAGUCUUGGUUCAGACAUGUUGAUGCAAAGUUCCACCAGUUCAUCUUGCACAGACACUGCAGGUAUUUUCCUCUGCUGCUAAACCACCCAGAGAAGUGCCAAGGAGACAUCUACCUUCUCAUUGUGGUGAAGUCCAUCAUUGAACAACAUGACAGGCGAGAGGCUCUAAGAAAAACCUGGGCUAAGGAAAGGGAGAUAGAUGGGAAGAAAAUAAGAACUGUGUUUCUCCUGGGGACCACAUCUCCAGGCAAAGAUCACAGAAACCUUCAAAGACUCAUUGAGCAAGAAGAUCAAAUUUAUGGGGACAUCCUUCAGUGGGAUUUCAUGGACACCUUUUAUAACCUGACUCUUAAAGAAGUCAACUUUCUGAAAUGGUUUCACAUCUAUUGCCACAAUGUUCAGUUUAUAUUUAAGGGAGAUGAUGAUAUUUUUGUGAACACUGGAAACAUAUUGGACUUCUUGGACUUUAAGAAAGAAGAUCCUUUACUGCCAAACUUAUUUGUAGGGGACAUUAUUUCUAGAGCAGCACCCAUCAGGAACAAGCAGAGUAAAUAUUUCAUCCCCAAAGAGUUGUAUGAUAAACCAUACCCAAUUUAUGCUGGAGGAGGGGGGUUUCUGAUGGCAUCUUCUUUAGCCAAAAAGUUGUUUCCAGCUUCUGAGAAGAUAGAGCUGUUUCCUAUUGAUGAUGUAUUUUUGGGUAUGUGUCUGAAGUCUGUAGGAGUUCAGCCCAAGCUUCAUCCCGGCUUCAGGACAUUUGGAAUCAGUAAAAAGAGGACCAGUGCCAUGAAUAAGGACCCUUGUUUCUAUAAGAGCUUGCUAGUGGUCCACAAGUUGACUUCGGGCGAAUUAAUAAAGAUGUGGAACGUUGUCCAUGGGCAAAAUAUCAGCUGUGCCAAACAUGUUCAAUUUUGAAGAAAAAAAAAAUCCAAGACAAUGAAAAAUUAAGAACUUUUGGGAGAACUUGGUAAAAUAGCUUAAAGAACAAAAAGCAUGAUUUUUUUUUUCUAUUUCCAGGCACAUAAUGAAUGUUAUAAAAUGCUAAAGGUAUAAUUUAUUUGAGUUCUUGUUCAAACAGUUUCAGCAAAUGCUACAUUAUGACAAAUUUACACAUAUUUAUUUUUUUUAAGUAACUACAAAAUUAUGAUU